AUGAUCACUAACUAUAAAAAGUCAUUUCAUUCUAAAAAAAAUCGCAAAAAUGAUACGAAUCAAACCUCUACACAUAACCUUAAUUCUAUUUCAAUUUCUUCACCAGAAUUUAUAUUGGCGUAUUUCUUUGCAGAUAAAGUUGCUGCAUCGUUAGAUUAUCUUAAUACACAUCAAACCUCUACACAUAACCUUAAUUCUAUUUUAACUCCACCAGAAUUUACAUCACUGUAUUUCUCUCCAGAUGAAGUUGUUGCAUCACUAGAUUAUCUUAAUACACAUCAAAUUCAACUGAGCAAUGCAGCAUUUGUGGAGGACUUUUCUACUUUACCCUCUACUGAUUCAUUCUAUUUAUCAGAGAAGCUUUAA